AUGCAGUCCAAGAGUAAGCCAUGUGAAGAUGAGCUCUUUGUGGGACUGUCCUUCCCGUAUGAAGGCCCCGCCCCUCUGGAGGCCAUAGCCAAUGGCUGUGCUUUCCUCAACCCAAGGUUCGACACGCCUAAAAGCAGCAAAAACACCGAUUUCUUCAAAGGCAAACCCACACUCAGAGAGCUGACCUCCCAGCACCCUUACGCUGAGGUUUACAUCGGACGGCCGCAUGUCUGGACCGUCAACAUCGAUGAUCGCGCAGAGGUGGAGAACGCCAUUAAAGCCAUCCUCAGUCAGAAGAUAGAGCCGUAUCUGCCGUAUGAGUUCACCUGUGAGGGGAUGUUACAGCGCCUCCACGCUUUCAUCGAGAACCAGGAUUUCUGUCACGGUCAGGUGAUGUGGCCUCCUCUCAGUGCCAUGCAGGUCAAGCUGGCUCCGGCAGGUAAAUCCUGCAAGCAGGUGUGUCAGGAGGAGCAGCUGAUCUGUGAACCCUCCUUCUUCCAGCAUCUCAAUAAAGACAAGGAUCUGUUCAGGUAUGGUGUGGAGUGUAAGACGGUGGAGUCUGCCAGCGAUAACGUAGUCCCCGCCUUCAGCGAAUCGACGGGGCAUUGCGUGUUCCAGUCGGACCUGCUGCUGUUCAGCUGCGCCGGGGCCCAUCAGUCCCUCACACGCAUCUGUCCCUGCAGAGACUACAUGAAAGGACAGGUGGCGCUGUGCAAGGACUGCUUAUAACACGCACACUUCGGCAACUCCGUGCGACUAACCUGACGUCUCUUCAGCCGCCGUUCUGUACAGGACCGGACUGUAUCAAAGUGCAGACAGUGCCAGUGUGGUAACGUGCGGUGAUGCGAUUAAAGAAUUCAGAGUAAUCCAACUUUUGUGUUUUUACCAUAAACUCACGAAAAAAUAAAAAUUAAAACGCUGGAGUGCGGCAGCUCUCGGCUCUCGGCCGAAAACAAAAACACAGGAGGAUCAAAAGAGAAGAUAAUGAUUUAUUUUGCUGGAUUUUUUUGUUUUUGCGUGAACUUGAACUAGUUUCAGGCUGACAUACUUGAAGCGGAUUGCAGGGAAUCAGAACUGCACACUGCCCCCUGCUGGUGUGGAGGAAACACUGUAGUGACUUUUAUUACCAUAGUUCUUCAUUCUAAUAUUUUUAUUUCUUUGUCCAGUUUUUCUUUUCUCUCUGAAGGUGACAUUUAUCAUUGGACCAAGUCUGAUGGCUGACUCUGAAAAGCAUCUUUGACCAUUUUGAAGACUUUUACUGAGUGUGUGUUUAUUUGUGUGUGUGUGUGUGAGAGAGAAAGAGAGAUUUUGUUGUUUGGGAAACAAACUUUGCGAAGAAAUUUCCCAACUUUUACACUGAAACUGGACUUUCCACAUACUGGCUCCGUGAAAUGACGCAUUCACAUGUAAAUAACUGAUAUGAAAACACGCGGCCCGCUUUAUUCUGCAUGGUUGUUUAUUUCCGACCGUUUAAUAACAGCACAUGCUAACACU